CAGCAACCUCUUGCGUCGACUCUACAGUCUGCAGUGUAUUGUUGAUCUUGGGUAUCAGUCAGUAAUCAGUACAGCACCGGCAGAAGUACUUCAAGAUGUCGAUUGCGAGGAGUGAAGAGGACGCAUCUCACUCGGAUCAGGAGAUAGUAGGGGAGGAGGUGGAGGUUGUCGACGCUGGAAAAGAUGGUUAUGAGUCCCAUCUACCAAAACUACGCAGUAGCUACGACUGGGCAAAUAUUACCUAUAGACACCUCCAACUUAUGGCUCGUCGCCAUGGAAUCCCUUGUAACUUGAAGAAAGAAAUGCUUAAAACCAUACUUCAAGCAAAAAUGAAAGGCUACCAAGAAGACGUGAAUUAUCUAUUGAAUCAGGUACGAGAAACAAGGAUUAAACGCAAGAGGCUCAGGGAAGAACAAGCAAAUGAGCUAUGUAAAACUUUUAAGCCAACAAUUCCCCAAUCACUCAGUCUCCACAUUAGAAAGAAAGAUAAGACAUAUCAGAUAGUCGAGGACAUAGUUCGGCGAAUGGUGAGAGAAACUACUGCUCGUAAUGUUACCAUUUGCCAGACGCAGACACAAGCUCAAUAUAGAACUUUCAUGGACCCUAGGAGAUCUGUGCGUUAUCCGUCUUUAAAAUCGGGUAGAACUUUUGUACCUCUAUGCCACACACAUAAUGGUCAAUACAAUUACAGUGGUUACCAAACCGAUCUGAGCAACCCAUUUUGGCACCAACCCUCUGGUGAAAGGACAUUUGUUCCAUUGUACAACAAUGAUACCUUGAUGCAGCCCAACUGCAACUCAAUACCUUCAACACUGGUUUCUGGGUACAGCAAUAAUAACAUGCUGCCAUACACUCCAGUGCCAGUGCCGUACACCAACCAGCCUCAAGAGCGCCUACCGAGUUUCAACAAUAUCCGCAGGAAUGAGGCAGCCUGUGAUAAUACUUCCAACCACCUGGAUGAGAUCAUCGACAACAAACCAGCACAGCUUGAUUCAACAUCCGUCAGUGCUGAGCACAACCAGACUAUGCCAAUGUCAUCACAUGUGGAGCCACAGACAAAGCUGGAUUAUUCUUUUAAAGACUCAUCAGGAUUAGAUUUCUUGGCUAAUACUGCGAUGACAAUGUCCCAGCAGGAUUUGGAGAGUCAACAGAAGAAUUCUUCAAGUAACAGGUUGAAUGGGUCGUUCAGUGACUUUAAAUCAGAAAACAACUACUGUAACCAAAAAUCUGAACUAAUCAUGGGGCAUUCUGGAAAGACAAAGACGACGACAAAAGAGAUCCCAACGUGGAAUAAUUUUCUGGAGCAAAUGAUCUGGAACUCUACCUCUAAUAAUAUGAGUGGAGUGUCCUGCAAGUACGGCUGCCACACGCCCUUCUCUAAUAAGACAGUCCAACAAGAACACGAGACUCACUGCGUGCUGCAGCCCUUCGAGUGUCCCUUCCCCGAAUGUUCCUGGUUCAAUCAGCUGCGGAGUUUGGACACUCACAUCUACAUUGCUCACAAUGAAGUAGUCUUGAAUGCUGAAAGUACUUUCACAGUCAGUUUUGGGAGCGAGUUGUACAACUCAUCCUUCGGUGCUGGACCUUCAAAUACGGGACCGAAAAGGCUGUGCUUCCUUCAGCUAGUUAAAGACAGGCUGUUUGUCAUAUCUGUUCUGGGAAAUUUCCAAAGCAUGCAGGUGUACGUUUAUAUACAGUACCUGAAUGACAAUCACCACUGGUUCUCCACAGCUGCAUUGGAGGUAACCCACCCAGACGGAAUGUUACACCAGUGGAUUGGCCGUGUCCAGCCGUUGAGCUUCACUCCCACCAAGUUAAUUGCGCGUCAGGCGUGCCUCAUAUUCAACAUCACCGUUGACCAGUUGGCUGCUGCCCCAUUUUGUUUACACACUAUGGUCCGCACCCAUGAACUUGGGUGAACCUCAAGGCACUGUAAUUGUGCCACUUUUGUUGAUUUACCAUUUGUCAUUGUAUAGCUGUCAGUAUUUCUACGACUGUACAAUUUUAUUGAUAAGUUUUUUCGUGUGAAGGAGUUCACAACUCAGUAUUAUUUAGGUUUAGUUACUAGCACCAAAUCCGCCCACACCUCCAGAACAGUUCUGGAAAUAAUUUUACUUUAAGUAAAGCAUGUAGUCAAUUUGUUUCUACAGCAGAUAAACAAUUUUAUAUAUGUUAAUAUUAUUUAUAAUAAGACCAAAAACAUUAUACACAUUGCUUUUAUUCACUUUACUUUUGCAAAAUUUCUUUCAACAGUAGGGAUUAGAUUUUGUAUUCUGCUCUUUAACCCUUUGAGUGCCACACGAAGUGGUGGAGGUCAUGCAGAUAGUGCCAAUCAUUUGUGACAGGUCAUUCCCCUCAGUGCCAAGCACUAUUUUUUGUUACUGCAGUUUUUUUCUAAAAAAUUAACACCAUCCUUAAUAAUUAACAUAAUGGGACACUUUUUGCUUUAUUAUUUA